CUGGAAACACCCACAAAGUUACAGAUGAAAAGAAAACACGGAGCCUCCAGAGAAUCGUGACUGCAAAAAAAGGAGAGAGGAAUUACCCGCUAUUGAUUUUACCCUCCUCCCUCCCUUCCUCCUCCCCCUCCUCUCUCUCUCUCUAUCUCUCUCACUCUCUCACUCUCUCUCUCUCUCUCUCUCUCUCUCUCUCUCUCUCUCUCUCUCUCUCUCUCGCGGUUCCUCUCCUCUUUUUCUUGAAGUGCUGCAGAGCGGAGCUGCUGCUGCAUCGUGAGAGAAGAAAGACACACAAGCAGGGAAGAAGGAAAGAAAAGAGGGGGAGAAGGGAAAGAAAGCUCUCCCUCGUUUCCUCUGUGUGCGGUGGGGAUGCUGCUGGACGCCCCUGCGCGCGAGCUCCGCCGAGGGGGAUCCUCUGUCCGGUGUAUUUCUGGUUCUUUGGAUGGACGCAGCCGUCACCUCAAGGUUUAAAUAAAAAAAGUGGACGUUGGACUUUCCAGUGCAGACCUAGCUCCACAUUCCGGGCCAGCUCCUUCCCCCAGAUCUGAAUAAUUCCAUAACUUUUGGGACCUUACAGUAGUUUUGCGUAGCUGAGUGAACAGUGUAUGAUGGAGGACCCCUACAGGGAGAGGACUUCUCUGGCCCGCGGCGCCCGGGAUAUCGCCAAAGAGGCCAAACGGCACGCCGCCAAAAAGGUCAACAAGGUCAUGGAUCGCGCCUCAGACGAGUACUCGGGACGCUCGUACAGUCGCUUUGAGAAUGACGAGGAUGAGGAGGAUGACCGCUACUACUACCAGGACGGGCAGGUCCAGCAGCGUGAGGAUGACGAAGGCUCCAGCGAUGCCACAGAAGGUCACGACGAUGAAGACGAGAUCUAUGAGGGCGAGUACCAGGGCGUGCCGGCUGAGAGCGGGGGUCAGAUGGCGGUGGGCCGGCCUGUGUCGGAUGGACUGAAGGACAAGAGGGAGCUGGAGAAGGAGCAUGAGGCGGAGGAGGAGGAGCUGGCGCAGCAGUAUGAGCUGAUUAUUCAGGAGUGCGGGCACGGCAGGUUCCAGUGGCAGCUGUUCCUGGUGCUGGGGCUGGCACUCAUGUCCGACGGCGUGGAGGUGUUCGUGGUCGGAUUCGUCCUGCCCAGCGCUGAGACCGACAUGUGUGUGCCCAACUCUGGAGCAGGGUGGCUUGGUAGUAUUGUGUACCUGGGGAUGAUGGUGGGAGCAUUCUUCUGGGGCGGUUUGUCAGAUAAAGUGGGCAGGCGGCAGUGCCUGUUGGUGUGUAUGUCCGUCAACGGCUUCUUCGCCUUCCUGUCCUCGUUCGUGCAGGGCUACAGCACGUUCCUCUUCUGCAGGAUGCUCUCGGGGUUUGGGAUUGGUGGGGCGGUGCCCAUCGUGUUUUCGUACUUUGCGGAGUUCCUGGCACGGGAGAAGCGCGGGGAGCACCUGAGCUGGCUCUGCAUGUUCUGGAUGAUAGGUGGCAUCUACGCCUCCGCUAUGGCCUGGGCCAUCAUCCCCCACUACGGCUGGAGUUUCAGCAUGGGCUCGGCAUAUCAGUUCCACAGCUGGAGAGUGUUUGUGGUGGUGUGUGCACUGCCAUGCGUGUGCGCGGUUGUAGCCCUCACCUUCAUGCCUGAGAGUCCUCGCUACUACCUGGAGAUGGGGAAGCAUGAUGAGGCGUGGAUGGUGCUCAAACAGAUCCAUGACACCAACAUGCGUGCCCGCGGAGAGCCGGAGAAAGUAUUUACUGUGAACCGAAUAAAAAUCCCCAAGCAGCUGGAUGAGCUGGUGGAGAUGCAGUCCGAGUCGGCAAACCCAGCAGCUAAAGUGCUCUUCCGCAUCCGGAGUGAACUCCGUGGGAUCUGGCUGACGUUCCUGAAGUGCUGGGAUUACCCAGUGAAGGACAACACAGUGAAGCUGGCCAUAGUGUGGUUCUCUCUGUCUUUCGGGUACUACGGCCUGUCGGUGUGGUUCCCUGACGUCAUAAAGCACCUGCAGGCGGACGAGUAUGCAUCACGCGUGAAGAACCACAGGAAUGAACGCAUCGAAGACUUCACCUUCAACUUCACACUGGAGAACCAGGUCCACUCUAACGGACUCUUCAUCAACGACAGGUUUGUCAGUAUGAAGUUUAAAUCGGUCACCUUUAAAGACUCCACCUUCCAGAACUGUUACUUUGAGGACGUCACUUCACUCGGAUCCUUUUUCAAAAACUGCACCAUCGUAGACACCUUCUUCUACAACACAGAUAUUGACGACUCUAAGUUCAUCGGUUCGUCAGUGAUCAACAGCACGUUCGCUCACAAUAAGACGGGCUGUCAGAUCACGUUCGAUGACGAUUACAGCGCCUACUGGGUCUACUUCAUCAACUUCCUGGGGACCCUGGCUGUGUUGCCAGGCAACAUAGUCUCCGCCCUUCUCAUGGACAAAGUCGGGCGCUUGAGCAUGUUGGGGGGUUCCAUGGUGUUGUCCGGUAUCAGCUGUUUCUUCCUGUGGUUUGGCACCAGUGAAUCGAUGAUGAUCGCCAUGCUCUGCCUUUAUAACGGCCUGAGUAUAUCUGCCUGGAACUCACUGGACGUGGUCACAGCGGAGCUGUAUCCCACUGACAGGAGGGGCACUGGUUUCGGGUUCUGCAAUGCUAUGUGCAAGCUGGCCGCCGUGUUGGGUAACCUGAUUUUCGGCUCGUUGGUGGGCAUCACUAAAGCCAUUCCCAUCCUGCUGGCUUCCAGCGUGCUGGUCUGUGGUGGCCUCGUCGGACUGCGACUCCCAGACACCCGCGCCAAUGUCCUCAUGUGACCCCGACCACUUACCCUUCAGCUCUAACCCUUGAGUUGCCACGGAAACAAGGAGGACUCUCUGGGUUGGAGCAGGUGCAACAGGCUAAGGCAUCGACACCCAGUCAUCUGUUUGUUUGUCAGUGUUAGAUUGUUUAGAAAUGUUUAUUUUUUACUUUGUGGUUUAAUUGGCAAGAGUUCAUUUAUUCAUCGAAACCCAUUCACAAAGUCCAGAACGCUUCAGCUGAUCCGUCCUCAUGGUGGCGAACAGAGAAGUUAAGUCUUGGGAGUGAAUGGCAGUUUGUUCAUUUGUAUAAGCGAGAUUUUGGAUUUGGGGUGAAGCAGGAUUCCUUGCUUAGCCAGCUAACUUUAAGCCUAGGACAACUAAUCCGAUCCUGGAUUUUCAGUGUCAUUACAUCACAUUUUAUAGGGCUGUGUCACCAUGGCAACUACUACUGCAUGUCUAACCUACUCUGUGGCCAGUUAAGAUCAGGAAGAUCUGGAUUUCUGAUGGAGGUGGAGCCUGCUGGUCACAUUUUGAGUCACUUUUUUUUUAAAAUUUCUAGUGUCCAUCACAUGAAAAGUGUGGCUUUACAACCACUGUAAAGCAAGUAUUAUUUCAAUAAGCCUCGACAUGAUAGCAGUGAAGGCAGUGAAGUCGUGUGCAAAAGUUUGGGCGCCCCUGGUCAAAUGAGAUUUUUGUGAAAAUAAGUAAACGCAUCCUCUACAGAGAACCCACUUCUGCACAUUUUAAAGGGGAUUUGUUACGCUUCUCUGUUUUUUCCCUUUCCUUUAGAGUGUUCUGUAGCUUUCUGUGUAUGCAGUUCUCCCCAGAGGGUGAACUCUCUCCCACAGAAACCGCCGCCUUGUCCAGUCAUUUUUCCUUUGUUACAAGAUGAUGCCAUCUCAUAACACAGUCUAUAUUGCCUGCCUACCAGCAAGCUCAGUUCACCCUCACACACUACUUAAGGAGUAAGUGUGUGUUCAGUGUUGUAGCCGUGUGGAGAAGACGCUGACCGGACUUUCAGGAUAGACUUUGGAUCAAACUGAUACGGCCGAACUGAUGCCGCUGGAGAAACAGCCACAGCAGGGUUUACAGCUCCUCAGGAGAGAAGGCUCUGUCUACAGACUGCAAGACAGGGGCGGAAGAUGUAGGGAUGGAACCGCUCUCAAUCUGAUCAGAGCCACUGAGCUGACCAAUCAGAGCACACUGGGCUCAUCGGGAGCCAGAGCUUAAAGACACAGGCGCUCUCAUAAAGCGUUUAAGACAAAUGCUGAACAAAGAUGACAAAAAUAUGAGACAAGUAAUGUGUUUUUGGAACAUUGAAGCAUGUAAAUCUCUUCCAGUAGACUCCAGAUAUAAAAUGAUCAACAUAAUAGGUCCCCUUUAAUACAGAAUUAUUAAUUGUGUAUUUGAGAAUUUAACAUAUUGGGGGAAACAAGAAUAUAAAAUGUGGUCUGAUUUAUUUUUCCCUGUAUGUUAAACAAAUAAUUAGCAAUUUUGGACAAAAAUUUGGAGAAAAAAAUGUCAUGUUUAAGUUUCCUAAACAGGAUGCGUUGACCUAUUUUCAACAAAACAUGUUAUCUGACAGGAGGUGUCCAGACAUUUGCAUAGAGCUGUAUUUGUGUAGCAUGAUUUAUUUCUCCUUGUCAUUAUCACAGCCUGAGUAUCUAAACCUGGCUUAACAGAGAAAGUCGUUAAAUGCAGUCGUUUUUGUCAGAUUUUACUUAAUCAGUGAAACGUGGUUUGUGAGGCAGACCCCUGGUCCGGACCCCUGUCAACACAACUGCGUCAAAACAUUUUCUGAAAGUGAUUGUUUUUUUUGCUCAUUUACGACUUCCAUACACGAAACACACGAUGUUUAAGCCUUUUCCACCUGAGUCGAUCCUGAGAACCACUAAAGGCCAUAGAAAAUAUCAAGAGUAAUAACAACAGCAGCUAUAGGUGUUAGUGUAGGCUCAACCUCUGCUCACCUCUGACCUCCGCUACUAACACGUCUCAAUCACAGGCUGAGAAAAAAAGUUUUCAUUUUUCUUCUUCCAUCUUUUUGUGACAAAGUUUCGCAGAAGAAAUCUUUAAGAUUCACCAUCGCAGCUAAAGGCUUUAGAGGUCGCUCUUGUCUUUGUGAACUGUGUGCUCAAUCUAAGCUUAUUUGCAAGGGCUUUGCUUUAUGGCGCGUGCAGCUUUAUUUUUAUCCCUAUUUCUCUUCCUUUUCUGCUUUCUCGUCGUCUGUCUGUCUUUCUUUCUCUCUGUCUCCCUCUGUGGAGAGUCGUGUGUGUGGAAGGAAAGCUCUCGCCACGCUGCUAUGCUCCGGUGUUUCUCAGUCAUGCAGCUGUUUGUUCAUGAGCCGCAGUCUUCUCUAAUCACGGAAUGGCCUUUUUCUCGAGAACCGUGCCUCUUUCCCCGGAAAAAAAGUAAAAAAAAAAAAAAAAAGAUAAAAAAAACUACAUUUCCAUCUGUGCUAUUCUGUGUGCUUGCUGUAUGUUAUAGUGUUCCAUCA